AUGAGUGAAUUAGUUGAAGAUAUGUAAAAGGACUAUGAUAAUGUGAAAGUAAGUGAAAAUGAUAAUUUAAUCGUUUUAUUAAGAAGAAUAGAGUAAAGAGAGAAUAUCAUGGGAGUCAGAGAAUAAGUAAUUAAAAGCUGA